UGCAGUGCUAGCAGGCGCGCAGAGCGGCGGGCCGGCAGCGCAGGCCGCAGCGCCUCAGCACCGCACCGCGAUGGCCGUGGCCGUGGGCAGACCGGCGAACGAUGACCUCAGGAACCUGUCCCUCUCCGGCCACGUGGGCUUCGACAGCCUUCCUGAUCAACUGGUCAACAAGUCAACGUCCCAGGGCUUCUGCUUCAACAUCCUCUGCGUGGGUGAAACCGGCAUCGGCAAGUCCACGUUGAUGGACACUCUGUUCAACACCAAGUUUGAGAGCGAACCGGCGACACACAACGAGCCCGGCGUGAGGUUGAAAGCCCGGAGUUACGAGCUGCAGGAGAGCAACGUGCGCCUGAAGCUGACCAUUGUGGACACCGUGGGCUUUGGAGAUCAGAUUAACAAGGAUGACAGCUACAAGCCCAUAGUAGAAUACAUCGAUGCACAGUUUGAAGCCUACUUACAAGAAGAGCUGAAGAUCAAACGGUCCCUGUUCAACUACCACGACACCCGGAUCCACGCCUGCCUCUACUUCAUUGCGCCCACCGGGCACUCGCUCAAGUCCCUGGACCUGGUCACCAUGAAGAAACUGGACAGUAAGGUGAACAUCAUCCCCAUCAUUGCCAAGGCUGACACCAUUGCAAAAAACGAGCUGCACAAGUUCAAGAGUAAGAUCAUGAGUGAGCUGGUCAGCAACGGCGUCCAGAUCUACCAGUUCCCCACGGACGAAGAGACGGUGGCCGAGAUCAACGCCACCAUGAGCGUCCACCUUCCUUUUGCUGUUGUUGGCAGCACCGAAGAAGUGAAGAUUGGCAACAAGAUGGCCAAAGCCAGGCAGUACCCCUGGGGUGUCGUGCAGGUUGAAAAUGAAAAUCACUGUGACUUUGUGAAGCUGCGGGAGAUGCUGAUCCGAGUGAACAUGGAGGACCUGAGAGAGCAGACGCACACCCGGCACUACGAGCUGUACCGGCGCUGCAAGCUGGAGGAGAUGGGAUUCAAGGACACGGAUCCGGACAGCAAGCCCUUCAGUCUCCAAGAGACGUAUGAAGCAAAGAGGAAUGAAUUCCUGGGCGAACUCCAGAAGAAGGAGGAUGAAAUGAGGCAGAUGUUUGUCAUGCGAGUGAAGGAGAAGGAAGCAGAGCUGAAGGAAGCGGAGAAAGAUCUUCACGAAAAGUUUGACCAUCUAAAGAGGACUCACCAAGAAGAGAAGAAGAAAGUGGAAGACAAAAAGAAGGAACUCGAGGAAGAGCUGAACAACUUCCAGAAGAAGAAGGCGGCAGCUCAGCUGUUACAGUCACAGGCUCAGCAGGCAGGUUCCCAACAAACCAAGAAAGACAAGGACAAGAAAAACUUCUUCUUUAUGUAACCGCCACCUUGCCAAAGCCCCCACACCCCCUCUCCCGGUGGGCUGUCGGGCACUGGAAGAGCCUGCGGCUACGGGCAGCCCUGCCAGGAGAAGAGCCAUCUCAUUCCUCCAUCUCGUCCACCCUCCUCUCCUUCCCUCUUGUUCCCUCCCGUGCGCUGUGCUGUGUGUCUGUGCGGGAUCUGUCGCUCCCAGCGCGGCUCCGACAGCGUCCAGGCUUCCCGGGCUGCCAGAGGUAACGGCCAGAAUGGCCCACAUUGCACUGGGGUAGUUGGAUUUCUUUCCUCCCUCCCCAUUUACUCACCUUUUGCUAUAAUAUGCACACGUUGCUGAUGACAAAUAGCGACAGACUGGGGGUGAGGGUUUCGUUUCUGCCUCAAGUCUGGCUGCUUUGGAUACCACGGCUUCAUCCCAGGGCCAUCCUGUGCUCCUCUGACACGCCUGGAAAUCGGUCUGUGGACCCGGGAAUGUUCUCUGUAUGUCACUGUGUGAAGUGGGGACGGUGGAUGCCGCACCCUGUGGUGCUGAUGGAGCCUGUUCUGGACAGCCAAGGCCUUAUUUUCUGGCUGAUGUAGCAAAGUAGGAUUUUCUUGUACAGCCGAACUGCACUGACUUGUACUUAGAUCGAGGGCUUCGCUUUGUUUUCAUGAAGCCUAGUUAGCAAUUAUUUUUUUAGCAGUCCUGAAUGUGGGCAAGUUGUUAAACUUUGUACCUUGUUUAUUUGAAAUUGAAUUCAGUCAAAAAGCUUGAGAAGUGCCAAAGGAUUGGUUGAAGGUUAAAACAAAGCCUGUAAGCGUGGUGUGUAGUGAUCUCCAGCUGGUUCGGCAGAGAGGGAAGGAGGCAGCCUGAGCUUCUUGGGAUGUUUUUUCCUGUGGAGUGAUGCACUUUUAUUUUUAACCGAAUACUAGUGACUGACUCUUUGCAUCUGUGAACCUUAAUCAAGGAAUUCCCCUCCUUUAACCGGGAAAUGGUCUAGGUUUGGCCUCUCCCCUGUGUGAUGUGCAGGCUGCUGGGAGGCUCUGCUGAAAUCUGCUGGGGGUUUUUUUCAGAAGCACAAUAUUUUGCAGCACUUUCCAGUGACGAGGGUCGGCUCCCUCCAGCCGCGUGGAAGGAAAACUGCUCGUCCUGGAAAUCUUUGCAACCGGCCAAGUGACUUUAUAGAUACAGUCAGAAAGGUUGUGAAGUGUUUGACCUUGUGUGUGUGGUGUGUUGAUUUGCCUGGUGUGUAACUGGCCCUGCUGCCCACUGCUCAGAGCGCAGGGCUAUCAAUAUCUGCACAAAUGUAGCUUGGGACAGCAUUUGCAUUAGUACCAAACCCAGAGCCUGCAGAGGUCUCAGGUGGUACCUGCUCUCCUGCCACCAGCGCUUCCCUUGAGAUGGCCAGAUCUGGGAAGCUGUGCAGUUCUCCAGCUGUUAUGUUUCUCUCAUUCCUUGGACUUUUUUGUUAUAUUUAAAAACUGUAGGAUGGCUUUAUGUGGGAGUAGGAGUCUGCAAGUUGCUCUCAAGACCAUGGUUUCUGGGGCAUUUGUUCUGCCCCUGGGAGGUGCUGGGCUGGACUGGGGGAGGUGGUGGUUCAUCCCCUGCAGGGGCUCAGCUCUGGGUGACCCACCUGUAGUGCUGCUGUGGCAAGAAGGUUAGAAGAGGGGUAAAACCCUUUUUUCCCUGGUGGCUUCUGAACUCCAGAUGGGAAUUUUUUUUAAAGCUUAAUCUGAAGAGAAGCACAAACCAAAUACCAACACUUACACAGACUGCCUUUAUUUUGCAGCUCUAUAAGAGUUUUGCUGUGCUGGUGCCUUGAGUCCUGCUUGCAGCUCUGGACUUCGUGUCUCCAGAAGGACAUAGUGGAGUUAGAGGAGGGCACUAAUGGUAAAUGGGAUGGAGCAG